GGCUCCCCCGCGGCCAUGGCGCCCGCCUGGCCCUGGCUGCUGCUGUGGCUGGGGGUCCUGCGCGCCCUCCCGGCCCCGCCGCGCAUCCGGCUGCCGCUGCGGGGCGGCGCGACCCCGCCGUCGGGGCUCCGGCAGCGCCGGGCGCCGCUGGACGCCGAGCCCGAGCUCACCGGCAGCUUCGUGGAUAUGAUCGACAACCUGCGGGGCAAGUCCGGGCAGGGCUACUACGUGGAGAUGACGGUGGGCAGCCCCCCGCAGAAGCUGAAUAUCCUGGUGGACACAGGGAGCAGUAACUUUGCUGUGGGAGCUGCACCGCACCCCUUUCUCCGGAGAUACUACCAGCGGCAGCUGUCCAGCACCUACCGUGACCUGCGGAAGGGGGUGUAUGUGCCCUACACCCAGGGCAAGUGGGAAGGGGAGCUGGGCACUGACCUUGUCACCAUCCCCCACGGCCCCAAUGUCACUGUCAGAGCCAACAUCGCUGCCAUCACAGAGUCAGACAAAUUCUUCAUCAACGGCUCCAAYUGGGAAGGGAUCCUGGGACUGGCAUAUGCCGAGAUUGCCCGGCCSGACGACAGCCUGGAGCCCUUCUUUGACUCCCUGGUGAAGCAGACGCGGGUGCCCAACAUCUUCUCCCUGCAGCUGUGCGGGACAGGCUUCUCUCCCAAYGAGACAGAGGCCGUGGCCUCGGUGGGAGGCAGCAUGAUCAUCGGUGGCAUCGACCGCUCGCUGUACGUGGGUGACAUCUGGUACACCCCCAUCCGCAAGGAGUGGUACUACGAGGUCAUCAUYGUCAAGCUGGAGGUCAACGGGCAGGACCUGAACAUGGACUGCAAGGAGUACAACUACGACAAGAGCAUCGUGGACAGCGGCACCACCAACCUCAGGCUGCCCAAGAAGGUGUUUGAGGCUGCGGUGAAAUCCAUCAAAACAGCCUCUUCGACGGAGAAGUUCCCAGACGGUUUCUGGCUGGGGGAGCAGCUGGUUUGCUGGCAGGUCGGCACCACCCCCUGGCACAUCUUCCCGGUCCUGUCCCUCUACCUGAUGGGGGAAGCCACCAACCAGUCGUUCCGGAUCACCAUCCUGCCCCAGCAAUACCUGCGCCCGGUGGAGGACGUGGCCACCUCUCAGGAYGACUGCUACAAGUUCGCCAUCUCGCAGUCCUCCACGGGCACGGUCAUGGGCGCCGUCAUCAUGGAGGGUUUCUACGUGGUGUUCGACCGCGCCCGCAAACGCAUCGGCUUCGCCGUCAGCGCCUGCCAUGUGCACGACGAGUUCCGCACGGCCGCGGUGGACGGGCCCCACCUGCACUCCAACAUGGAGGACUGCGGCUACAACAUCCCRCAGACGGACGAGUCCACGCUGAUGACCAUCGCCUACGUCAUGGCGGCCAUCUGCGCCCUCUUCAUGCUGCCCCUCUGCCUGAUGGUGUUCCAGUGGCGCUGCUUCCGCUGCCUGCGGCGGGACCACGACGACUUCGCCGACGACAUCUCCUUGCUGAAGUGAUGGCGGAGCGCGGGGGCCGCGGGUGAGGGRCAGGGGCAGGGUCUGGCUCUGGGGGCUGCGGUGUGGGGAGCUCAGAGCCGGUGCCAGGGGACUCGGUGUCCAUCAGAGCCAGCAGCCAGGGGAGCCUCGGGCUGUGUUCAUCUGAGAGCUGCAGUGAGAGCCGUGCAGGAGGAGAGCGCAGCAGCCCUGUCCCGGGGCUGGGGCAGCCUCUGUGCUCCAGGACGGGACAGGCUGWCCAGGCUCUCCCACCCAGCCGUGCCUGGCUUGAUGGAGUGAUGCUGAUGAGCCAUCCCCUGCCUGUCCCCUCCAUCUCUGUGCAUCCCUUUCCAGCUCGCCCUGCCGGGAAAGCGCCAGCCCAGGCUCUCUCGUAGGGAGCUGCACUGCAGCCGUGCCUCCCCCAUGGCUCCCUGCACUGAGCCAGGCUCCAGGGAUCGUCCCAGAGCCACCCAGCCUCAGGCUUUGCGCAGACAGCCCUGCAGGGCCAGCCUGGGCUGCCCAGACAGGGCUUUCCCUCCCCUCCUGCUGCCCGUACACCGCUCGCUCCCACAUUUCCUGUGCAUUCUCCUGCCUGUCCAAGCUGUGCUCCUGCUGUCCCCAGCCCCGGGGCUCCCUGCAGCCUCCCGGGACAGGCAGGAGCAGGCACCCCUCCUCUCCCCGCUCCACACGGGAUGGGAAAUCAAUUCCUGUCCCGGCUCCCAGCAUCAGCGGCGGCUGCCAUGGAGCAGCCGGUGCCAGGAGUGGAACUCUCAGCCCUGGCUCCUGCUGCUCCCCAGCCCUUCGAAAGCCAUAGGGGAGCCUGGGCCCCCCCUGCAGCGCCCCACCCCACCCCACCCCACCUCACCACCCCAAUCCACAGCUCUGCUCACUCCCCAGGCCCGGCUGUGGGACACCCUGGCAUCCUG